UAUUAUCGGAGGUACAUGUGCGUACCGUGUACAUAACUCUUACAUACACUACACAGCGAGAAAGUACAGCAUAAACACCACACCACACUACACCACCAACAGCAGAACCAACAGUGAAUACAUUUGUUACACAAUUCCAAACAUGGCACAAGUGAGCAGGAACAAGCAAGUGAUUCUCACGGACUAUGUUACUGGUUUUCCUAAACAAUCAGACAUGAACAUAGUUGACAGUACCAUAACUCUUAAGAUUCCAGAAGGUUCCAACGAUCUUGUUCUUCUCAAAAAUCUCUACUUGUCUUGUGACCCUUACCUGCGGAUUCUUAUGACCAAGGAUACUACUGCAGAACUUGGUGCUCUUACCCCUGGUUCGCCAUUGACAGGUUUUGGAGUGUCUAAAGUUGUAGAAUCUAGAGAUCCAGAUUAUAAGAAAGAUGAUUUAGUUUGGGGUAUGACUAAAUGGGAAGAGUACAGCUUGAUCCCUACAGCUCAAAUACUUUUCAAAAUUGAGCACACUGAUGUUCCUCUUUCCUACUAUACUGGAAUUCUCGGUAUGCCGGGAAUGACUGCUUAUGCAGGUUUCUUUGAAGUAGGAAGUCCUAAGAAAGGAGAGAAUGUUUUCGUUUCAGCUGCAUCUGGUGCUGUUGGACAACUUGUUGGACAAUUCGCUAAAUUGCACGGUUGCUAUGUGGUUGGAAGUGCUGGAACUAAAGAAAAGGUGGAUCUGUUGAAGAAUAAAUUUGGAUAUGAUGAAGCCUUUAACUACAAAGAAGAACCAGACCUCAAUGCAGUUUUGAAAAAAUACUUUCCAGAAGGCAUUGACAUUUACUUUGAGAAUGUUGGGGGAAAGACACUUGAUGCUGUACUUUUGAAUAUGAGAGUCCACGGUCGCAUACCUGUGUGUGGAAUGAUUUCACAGUAUAAUCUUGAUCAACCCGAAGGUGUAACGAAUUUGGCACAUAUCAUAUAUAAGAGGGUUCGAGUGGAAGGUUUUGCUGUAUUUGAGUACUAUCAUCUUUAUACAAAGUUUUUGGAGUUUGUUUUGCCUCUUAUAAGAGAAGGAAAGAUUGCGUAUGUGGAAGACGUAGCUGAGGGUCUUGAGAAUGGUCCUGCUGCAUUGAUUGGCUUGUUUACUGGUCAAAAUGUUGGUAAACAAGUUGUUGUUGUUGCUCAUGAGUGAAUCAAUAUAGAUGCUUUUGUUAAAUGUUUAGGCCUUUUUUUUCUUCAAGUUUUUGUGUUGAGUUGAGUGUGUAUGAAACACUCUUUGGAUGGCCUUUGGAAGCCUCUUCCUUCACUUUGUUGAUUGUAAUUAUCUUCAUUGGCAUUUUAUGGUAACAUUAAUAUAUUGUACUUUUGGUGAUUUUCAA